UGCAGGCUUCGUUCCGGCUCCGACCCCGAGGCCUAAGGCCUUCCAGGUCACGUGAGAGACUCCGCCCAAUGGGACGGCCCCGGCAGAAGCGGAGGAGAUGGCAUCGUCGAGCCCUGACGCCCCAUGUUCCUGCGACUGCUUUGUCUCGGUGCCCCCGGCCUCAGCCAUCCCGGCUGUAAUCUUUGCCAAGAAUUCAGACCGACCCAGGGACGAGGUGCAGGAGGUGGUGUUUGUCCCCGCAGGCACUCACACUCCUGGGAGCCGGCUCCAGUGCACCUACAUUGAGGUGGAACAGGUGUCGAAGACGCACGCUGUGAUUCUGAGCCGCCCUUCUUGGCUGUGGGGGGCUGAGAUGGGCGCCAACGAGCAUGGUGUCUGCAUUGGCAACGAGGCUGUGUGGACGAAGGAGCCACUUAGGGAGGGGGAAGCCCUGCUGGGCAUGGACCUCCUCAGGCUGGCUUUGGAACGGAGCACCUCUGCCCAGGAGGCCUUGCAUGUGAUCACAGGCUUACUGGAGCGCUAUGGGCAGGGGGGCAGCUGCCUGGAGGACCCUGCACCUUUCUGCUACCAUAACACCUUCCUGCUGGCUGACCGCACUGAGGCGUGGGUGCUGGAGACAGCUGGGAGGCUCUGGGCUGCACAGAGGAUCCAGGAGGGGGCCCGAAACAUCUCCAACCAGCUGAGCAUUGGCACAGAUAUCUCGGCCCAACACCCGGAGCUUCAGACCCAUGCCCAGGCCCAGGGCUGGUGGGAUGGGCAGGGCACCUUUGACUUUGCUCAGGUCUUCUCCCUGACCCAGCAGCCUGUGCGCAUGGAGGCUGCCAAGGCCCGCUUCUUGGCAGGACGGGAGCUGCUGCGGCAACAGCAAGGGGGCAUCACAGCAGAGGUGAUGAUGGGCAUCCUCAGGGACAAGGAGAGUGGCAUCUGUAUGGACUCGGGUGGCUUUCGCACCACCGCCAGCAUGGUGUCCGUCCUGCCCCAGGAUCCCACGCAGCCCUGCGUGCACUUUCUCACUGCCACGCCAGACCCAUCCAGGUCUGUGUUCAAACCUUUUAUCUUCGGGGUGGGGGUGGCCCAGGCCCCCCAGGUGCUGUCCCCCACUUUUGGAGCACAGGACCCUGUUCGGACCCUGCCCCGAUUCCAGACUCAGGUAGAUCGCCGGCACAUCCUCUACCGUGGACACCAGGCAGCCCUGGGGCUGAUGGAGAGUGAUCAGGUAUCCCCCAGGGAAUGGGGCUACCUUGAUGGGGUAACAGACUCUGGAAAAAUGAGGGAACCUGGGCAUGGAGGAGAUUCCGGAGCUGGGGAGAGGAGCUCCUCCCUUCAAAGCCGGCAGCUGCCCAGGGGAAUAUUGGGGAGGUCUCUCCUUUCUCCUGCCUGUGUGAGGUGGUACUCUGUUCCCUGCCUGUGUGAGGUGGUACUCUGUUCUUCUGGUGGGAAGCCUGUCCUGGACAGACUCAUCUCAACUUUCCCUUGGGGCAGGAUCGGGAGCAGCAGCUCCGGCAGAAACAGUGGGAUCUGGAGCAGGAAGGCCUCAAGGCUGUACGGGGGCUGCUGGCCAGCGAGUGGGCCCCACCCUUCCAGGAACUGGGCAGCCUCUUCCAGGCCUUCGUGAAGAGGGAGAGCCAGGCUUACGUGUAAGCUUCACAGCUUCUGCUGGCCUGGGGUGGGCCUGGACCCCUGCAGCCAACUGCCCUGAGCUGGUGGUGCUGAAGUUGGAGCAAUCCCUUCACACCCCUUGGCCAUGUUCUGAGCAGCCAACUUGGCCUUUGCCUUAAUAAAUGUGCUUUAUUUUC